CCGGCGACAGUAGUGCCCUCGCCGCGACGGAACGCGCCCGCCCGCGCGUUCGUCGACCAACUUGUGAUGUAACUAACUUUACGUGCACCACGAAAACAGUGCAGUGUUUGUGAUAAACAAAUUUCAUAUACAAAAGUGACUGUGGAUGUUAAAGUUUCAUAGUGUAUCAAAACAAAUUAUUUACACCAAAUAUUUAACUAUACAAACAAACUGAACAGAACUCUCAAGUUCUAAGUGAAGUGCAAUAGAAAAAAAGUGAUGCGUUCAAAGUGCAAAAAGUUCAAGUUCAAAUGAUGGCUCUGCGGCAUGACGUCAUGGACCCAACGUUCCUCCCCGCGGACCCCCCUCCGGUGUCUGACAUCGAUUACCAACCUAAGGCGGACCUAGCCAGCGAAUACUUCAACACAUUCAGCCAAAUCUGCGACAGCUAUCGCCCAGAAUCCGACGUCAAUCUCCGCCAGACUUCGGACUCCGUUCGGCUCUCUUCGGAGAUCCUCGACGGCCGAUCGGAGUAUUCAGACUUCGCGAAAGUAUUCAAGGAGAAUGCGCAGGAGUACGUCAACACGGACUUUAGUGAUAAAGUGUUUUUGAAGGACGAUCAUGUGUUCCAAUUCGGGCAGCCGGACGCGUCCGCUCUGCUCAGGCAUAGAGCGAGGAGAAGGUACAACGAGGAACACGGGCUGCAGCCUCCGGCGGCUACCAGUCAAGAAAGCGGGUACGGCAGCGAUGAGUUCGGCCACGACUCUCCGAGCCGGUACGCGUCGCCGAAGGGCGCCGGCGCGGGGGCGCCCUACCAGGAGCCUUACUACGCGGGCGGCGAGUGGGGCGCCGCCUACUACCAGCCGCCGCCGCCCUACCAGCACGACCCCUACGCCACGUCGCCAGGCAUAGCGGGCGGCGGCGAGGGCGCGGCGGGGGCGGGCGGCGCGGCCGAGCUGCCGCUCCCGCCCAUGUCGUCGUUCAGGGCGGCCGCGCCGCACCAUUCGCCCACAGACCCUAUGCUGGUGGGCAAGCCGGCGCUACAGCCUAUGUACCCCGGAGGCGCGGCCAGCACGCCGGCCGGCGGCGUAGCCGGCGGCGCGGAAGGCGGCAGCUUAUCUUCUUACGGCUCGUCGCCGUCCACGCCGGUGCACUCGCCGCCGCCGCUGCACCCGCGCCUGUAUCCGCUCAAGCACUCGCCCGCGCUGCACCACCAGCACCACAACGGACAGCAAUCGAACUGGGUGUCGUCAGGAGUGUCGUCGCCGGGAGCCGCGUCCGCCUUGCCGCAGCACCUGCCCAACGGGCACCACGUGGCCGUCUACCCGCCGCCCAAUAUGGGCGCGCCGGCGGAGCAACGACAGCUGGACGAAGCGAUGGUGUUCCUCCGAGAGCACUCCGAUGUAGUCGGUGCGCGGAUGGAGGAGAGACUAGACGACGCGAUCAACGUGCUACGCAACCACGCGGAGGCUUGUGACCUGUACGCGCCCGAACAUUUGCCGCACCAGCCCGCGCCAGUUUCGCGGCUGAGCGCUGGCGGCGCGGCGCUGGCGCACGCGCACACAGAACCGCCUGUCAAGAUGGAGCGCCACGUGCUGCCCAGCAAUAAGAAACGCAAAGAGCCCCCGGACUCCGGCCUGGACAGCAAGCCGUCGUCGUCGGGCUCCGCCGACCUCGCCAAGCCGCCCGGCACCAAGCGCGCGCGCAGAUAUACAUCGCUGCACAGCUGUUCGUCCGCCGACGAGGACGACAUGGAUCCCGACACGAAGGCCGCGCGCGAGAGAGAGCGGCGGCAGGCUAACAACGUGCGAGAGAGGAUAAGGAUAAGAGAUAUAAACGAGGCGCUGAAGGAGCUCGGGCGUAUGUGCAUGACGCACCUCAAGAGCGACAAGCCGCAAACCAAGCUCGGCAUCCUCAACAUGGCUGUGGAAGUCAUUAUGACGCUGGAGCAGCAAGUCAGAGAACGUAACCUGAACCCGAAAGCGGCGUGCCUGAAGCGGCGCGAGGAAGAAAAAGCGGAGGAGGCGCCCAAACUGCUGGCGCCGCUCACGCACUACCAGCCCAUGCCGGGCAUGGGUCAGCUACCAGGUCAGCCGCCCACGGGCGGGCCGCAGCAAUAGCGAACAUGUUCACGCCCCGCGCACGCCCCGCCUAUGCCCCGCUGCACGUAGGCCGCACGCCCCGCGGGGAGUACACGUGACCAUUGCGGCGACGAUUCAAGAUUCGGUUGGCGAAGUGAGACUCGGAUGUGAAACUAGUAUCAUUGAAUGGUACUCAAGUAUGAAACCAGUAUCAUGAAGUUGUACUCAAGUAUGAAACUAGUAUCAUGAGGUUGUACUCAAGUGUGAAACCAGUAUCAUUGAGUGGUUCUAAAGUAUGAAACUAGUAUCAUUGAGUGGUUCUCAAGUAUGAAACUAGUAUCAUGGAGUUGUACUCAAGUGUGAAACUAGUAUCAUUGAGUGGUACUCAAGUAUGAAACUAGUAUCAUUGAGUGGUACUCAAGUAUGAAACCAGUUUCAUGAAGUUGUACUCGAGUAUGAAUCUAGUUUCAUGAAAUCGUAAGAUCUAUUCUAGAAAGUAUAUUCACUCCUGGGAUUGGUUGGAUUUUAAUAUUUGAGUCAAAUCUCGAUUCAAUUUCAAGCUUACAUUGAGGAAUGUAUUAGAUUCUUACUUGAGUAUGAUUUUAUAAAACGAGUCUCGUAUACUUUGUUGGCAGUUAGGGCUGUCUCUGUUAUUUUAUAUGAUAAUAAAAUAUACGCCUACACAAGCAGUGGUGAUGAAAAAAGUUACAUUUUCUUAUUUUAUUGUUUUUAACUUUAAUUAUUAUUAUUUUACUUCUAUAUACUAUGUAAAAAUCAAUUUUCAAGUCUAUUUCAAUUUCAUUCUACAAUGACAGGGACAGCCCUAUGCAAUAUCGAAGCCAUAAUGGUCAGUGUUCUCUCUAAAAUUCGACGUGUUUUGUACCUUAUAACGUGUGUCUAUGAACUGAAGGUUCAAUUUUGAAUGUCUGUGACAUUGUAGUUGUUGUUGUGAUUCAAUCAUACAUUUUUGUUUGGUUUCAAAAUUAUGUACUGACGUUUUUAUAUUGUUGAAAGUAUUAUGUGAAAUGAACUAAUAAUCAAUAUAUUUUGUAUUAGUAUGAUAGUGACAUUAUUUUU